AAACACGGGAGUUUGAGUUAACAAUCAGAAACGGCUGGGACGCCUACUGAGUGCGUUUCCCUCUCCCUCGGCCAACACAUUUGAUAACACCCCAUAGAAAAAAAUGCAGCUAAUAUUCACCACUGUACUAAUAACUCAAAGCAUAUUUUCUAAGGUUCAUAAGAGUGUUAAAACAUUUUUUUUAAGCGUUUAACCAGCAGUGAAAACACAGUAUCAAAUCCUAAUGAAAUUCUGCGAACGGAGAGUAUGAGUGAUCGGUUACUUCGUCAAUUUAAUCGAUGAAAAUGGUUACCCUGGAAAUUAUUAUUUAUAUUUCUUUUAUUUAAAAUCCCCAUUCUAUUUAAAAAAUCAGUCACUACAAAGGUAUGAUGAUUUUUUUUUAUUACAAGGAACUAUAGUGUGUCAUGUUUCGGGAGAAGAAUCAUUGUGUAGGUUAUGAUCAUGACUUCAGUGUUUUCUGUUUCGGUAUUCGGUGUUGGUCGGCUGGCGCGACGUAAUAAGUAGUGUCGACAAAAUGUUUUUCUUGUCAGUGUACCGUUUCCAAUCGUUGCUGCAUCUUGCUAAGUUGAAGACUACAUCAAUUGUGUGAUUUCCAAGUGUAUUAUUCAAGAGCAAGAUGAUUACCAAAAAGGGCCUCGUCAUUGCCUUCACUGGAGUAACCCUUUUACUCUUUGGAAAUUUGGCGAUGCAGAGGAAUCUGUCGGUGAUUUUGACUGCAGGGCUGAAGAGAGUUCAAGAACAAUGGCCGGAAAAGGCGGUAGGUGACGAGAGCUGGCUCAAAGGGCCCAUUGCGGUCGACGAUCCUAAACUCCUGAAGGUGAUUAGGGAUAGGUAUUUGAUCCCACCAACGACUCUUCCUUACAAUCUGUCGUCCCCGGAUGAGACUAGAAUAUACUACCCCCCAAAUAAUGUUUCUAGUUAUCAUUUCAUCGACUAUUAUGUCAAGUUCUUGCUUGGGGACCAGAAGACGGGCGUCUUCCUCGACUCGGGGGCUCUCGAGGGAGACAUCUUCUCGAACUCCCUUUGGCUGGAAAAAGAACGAGGAUGGACUGGUAUCCUGGUGGAGGUCGAUCCCAACAAUUUCCUCCACCUGCUACAGAAGAGGAGGAAGUCCUGGCUCUCCAAUACUUGCAUUGCGAGGGGCCCAUACCCUGAACAGGUCCCCUUCGAGUUCUUAGAAGGCCCUCCUGGCCAUGGUAUGCUGUGGGUUUACCGCUCUAAUUCAAGAGCGGUGAACUCACCCUUUCACAAGAGUGACGACAUGUGGAGUAAAACUUCCAGUAAGACCUACCAAGUGAUGCAGUGUCUCCCUUUAGCUUCUUACCUUCUGGCCCUGAAUCUCACAACACUGGACUUCCUGUCCCUCGACAUUCAAGGCUUUGAGGAGGAGGUUCUUUAUUCGAUUCCCUACGACAAAGUCAAAGUGAGGGUCAUUGCUGUGGAGUUUGUAAUCCAGGAUGAUAAUGGUGAUCUUUACUUGGGUGAAAUCGAUCAUAAUUUUGUCAAAAAUAUGGAAAGUAAGGGCUACUUCCUCGUCGAUUUCGACCAUGAGAGUAAUUACAUCUUUGCUCUGAAGGAUGACCCGAAGCUAAAAGAUAAACUAGAUAAAAAGAAGUAUGUCAAAUAUUACACAAUGCUUAAUGAUAGAAAUAAACAGUAGAUAAGAAGUGAAAUAUAAAGUUAUCUCAUAUCAAUCCUAUAUAAAUAGAACCAAAAAUAUUUUCCUCUUUAUUCAUUAGAAUGAUCUCAAAGGUUUUUGAUAAAAACACUUUGGGUUUUCUUUGUGGAACUUCACCCAAGUUGUCUUUCAGUAAAUCACAUUUAUAUGAUGCCAAAAUGAUAUUUAUUGUGCACUUAAAAGCUAUUUGUUGGGCCAAAAAUUUUUUUUCUAUAAUUAUUUAAAAAUAAUACAUAUCAAGUAUAUAUUAAGGGGAGCAUAUCACAAAAUGAUGGUUCGUGCGAUUGAGCUGUCUAAAGCAAUUUUGUUGCUGAGUCUGUUGAUUUAUAGCCCUUGGAAGCUCAAAAGUGGAUGUUGGCAUUUUUUGCAUCUCAUCUUCCAUAG